AUGUCUGCUUGCACCUGGGGGGUAGCCUACGAGGUCACCGACUCCCAAAUGGAGGAGUCUCUGCAGUAUCUGAAUCUGAGAGAGGCUGUGCUGGGGGGCUACGCCACCAAGAUGGUGGAGUUCACUCCCAGAGAGAAGUGCCAAGGGUCUCUGCUUGCCCUGGUCUACAUCGCCACCUCUGACAACCCCAUAUAUCUUGGGCCUGCCACUCCCACAGAGAUAGCUGCUCAGAUUGCCAUCUGCAGAGGCAACACGGGCCACAACAUAGAGUACCUCCUUCGCCUGGCUGAGUUCAUGAGGCUGUACUGUCCUGAGGUCGAGGAUGAUCAUCUCUUCUCCAUAGAGGCAGCCGCCCUGGCUCUGCUCAUCUGAACUACCAGGGCCAGGGAUACUCACAUCAGACCAACGAUACGACCACUCAAUGCUACGACAUGCGCAACCCUACUUGUUAAUAUGAUCAAUGUGAAGACAAUGACAAUAUGAAGAGAGUGCGAGUCACUAUAACUCAUAAAAAGGGUCAACAUGUCAUGAUCACUGUUUUUGUUGUCCAUUGUCUGUGAACGCCCAUGACAUUGAAAUGUUUUAAGUUAAUGGGCAAUGAGAUUACAAGUACGGUGCUGUAUGUUUCUCUACAAGGUGUGUAAAGGGAAAUCUGAAAUUCUUAUAUUUCCUGCAAUCUUGUGCAAAAAUGGUGACAGAAUUCACCUUAACAUUUACCAGUAACUUGGUUAAUAAGGACUAUGUUUGUACACAAAUCUGCUUUCUAGUAUAGCCAUGAACAGCAUUUAUUGUAUACUUUGAUUACAUAUCAAAGAAUAACUUAAUCAUACAGUAGUCUUGCAUUGCGUACAAGACUCCUAGGGUCUAUGUCUAUGAAGACAUAUAGAGGCUGGCUGACAGAAGAAUCUACUCAUAUAAAACAGAAAAUUUAACCUUUACCUCAGUGGCAUACCACAGUUUCACCUUAACAUUACACCAUGCAGUCUGAGAUUAUUAAAGCUAUAUAACAACAUCCUACCUUUUCCCAGCAACAAGAGAUAUGUCUUAUGUAGAGAAAUUGGGAGCCUAUCUAAAUUAAGGAAGCUAGUGAUUUGAACAACUAUGAAGAGACUCUAUCUUUCAAUUGUCUGAUGCAGAAUCAGACUCCUUAUCCAUUAGGCCACGCAGUCUAUGAUUAUUAAAUCUACAUAACAAUGUCCUAACUUUUCCAGGCAACAAGAGACAUGUCUUAUUUAGGGAAAUCGGGAACCUGUCUAAAUAAGUAAAGCUAGUGAAAUUGAACGACCAUGAAGGAACUCGAAACCUCAAUCUUCUGAUUCGAAGUCCGACAUCUUAUCCAUUAGGCCACUCAGUCUAAUUCUACACAGUGCCUUUGGAAAGUAUUCAGACCUCUUGACUUUUUC